ACACUUCUUAUUCCCAUCUACUGCACAAUGUUACUCCUAGCUUUUACACUGUGCCUUACGACGGUUACAGCAGCCCCGAGCCAAGUCUGCAAAGAGGCCUUCCAUAACGCAGGGAUUUCAGGCAAAUACAACGAAACAAUAGCACAUGCUAUUCACUCUAUGACGGUGGAGGGUCUGCGGUUGUUUAAUCCAAUGGCAACAGAGCAGAACAAAGUUCCCACUGUGAACCAAGACCUGUCACAAAAUCAGAAAGUGCUACCCUACGCUCCACAUUUCCACAUCUCCACAGACUUUGCUACGCCCACGAUGAACAUGGUUGACAAAAUACUGUCCACUGUGGGGAACUCCAAAGACGGGCUUGGGCCACACUGGUCGUCUGUUGAGAGAAUAGCACACAUUUUUCACAUGUGGGAUCUGUGGCAAAAGAUCUACGAGACAUCGUGGCAAGACGUUUUGGUCAACCCCCCUGAGCCCACUACAUGUAUUUGUCUGAAGGACACCCGAGCUAAUGGCAUAAAGGCAGCCGUGGAGUGGGUGGCAAAACACUACGAAACGGGUACCCCUAUUACUCUUCUGAAUCGCCCGAUCCCUAAACUGACAGACGCCCAAGCCUGGUCAGUGUGGAAACAACGUCUGCUUCACUACUACACACCAGAGGCCCUCCAUGACGCCGCUGUCUACCUGUACUGUGUUUCACACAACUAAUACCAUCCAAAAUACCAGACAAAC